AUGCCAACCAAUGGAAUACAUCAGAUUCUGAAAAUCCAGUUUGGUUUAAUCAGUUGUGAUAACAGGUAUCUUACAGCAGAAGCAUUUGGCUUCAAAGUUUAUGCAUCUGCCCCAAGCCUGAAAAAAAAGCAAAUAUGGACUUUGGAACAGGACGAGGUAGACAAUUCAGUGGUCUACUUUAAAAGUCACCACCUUGCAAGGUACUUGUCUGCGGAUAAAGAUGGCAAAGUAUCUUGUGAGGCAGAGAAACCAGAGACAGAUUGUCGAUUUUCCAUCACCGCCCAAUCUGAUGGGAGAUGGGCCCUUCUGUCUGAACCCCACAAACGAUUUUUUGGUGGUUCGGAAGACAUGCUCUCAUGUUUUGCUCAGACUAUCACAGAGUCAGAACUUUGGGCUGUACACUUGGCUAUCCAUCCUCAAGCAAAUCUUCUUAGUGUCAGCAGAAGGAGGUAUGCACAUCUGAGCCCACAAGAGGGUGAAAUCUCAACAGAUAGUAACAUUCCAUGGGGUGUGGAUUCUCUUAUUACCUUGGUGUUCCAGGAAAAAAAGUACUGCUUGAAGACUUGUGAUAACAGAUAUCUGCGAAAUGAUGGGAAGCUGGUUAAGAAUCCUGAUGAAGGCACAGGAUACACCCUUGAGUUCAAGGCAGGGAAGUUGGCCUUCAAAGACUGUAAUGGAAAAUAUCUGACACCUAUGGGACCGACAGGUACCCUUAAAUCUGGGCGGAGCUCUAAACCUGGCAAAGAUGAACUUUUUGAUCUGGAGGAAAGUCACCCUCAGGUUGUCUUUAUGGCAUCCAACAGAAGAUAUAUCUCUAUCAGACAAGGUGUAAAUGUCUCAGCCAAUCAGGAUGAUGAGACAGAUUAUGAGACAUUCCAGAUGCAAAUAGAUAAGGAGAGCAAAAAGUGUAUCUUUCACACCAAUGCUGGAAAGUACUGGACCUUGGUGAGCCAUGGAGGUAUCCAGUCCACAGCCACUGAACUUUCUGCCAACACCAUGUUUGAAAUUGAAUGGCGUGGCAGGAAAGUUGCACUCAAAGCCAGUAAUGGAAAAUAUAUAUGUACGAAGAAAAACGGGCAGCUGGCAGCUGUGAGUGACUCAGUUGGUGAAGAUGAAGAAUUUACACUGAAGCUCAUUAAUCGACCUAUACUGGUCCUGCGAGGAGACCUAGGCUUUGUGUGCUACCAUAAAACAUCCAACACACUGGAUGCAAAUCGAUCAUCCUAUGAUGUUUUCCAAAUCAUAUUUAACAAUGGAGCCUAUCAAAUAAAAGGCACGGGUGGUAAGUUCUGGUACAUCUCCAGCAAUGGCACCAUCUGCAGUGAUGGAGACAUGUCUGAGGAUUUUUUCUUCGAAUUCCGAGAACACAACCGCAUAGCAAUCAAGGGCAAGAAUGGCAAAUACCUCCGGGGUGACCAAGCUGGCACUUUGAAAGCAGAUGCAGACUCUGUGAAAACGGCCACUCUCUGGGAGUACUGAGGCACAUACAGUGUGUCACUUAGAUUUAGAGAAUACUAGAAAAGUUGCUUUUGGGAGAAUGGUUAACAAAAGGAGAGAGUAUGAUAGGGAGAGAAGUUGUAAGAAGCAGUGAUCAUUAGACCUCAGUAUGUGUGUGUAU